AUGGCUGGCGACUCGAAACCAGUCAUCCCCGAAUGGCAGCGCAAGGCCACCCCGUCGCCGCCUGCCCAUGCUUCAGCUGCCAUCACCGCCGAUGAUGCAUCCGACAACGCCUCGCCAGAAUCCAGCCCGCCAGAAGACAGGUCAGCUCUGCUAGAGCAAGCCAGAAAUUUUCUGUCUGAGCCCUCAAUCAGCGACGCCCCCACCAGCCGCAAGAUUGAAUUCCUGGAAUCAAAGGGCCUCACCAAUGGCGAAAUUCAGGCUCUGCUAGGUGUCAGUCGUAACGAGGAUGCUUCCUCGCCUUCUUCAGAAACCACAAAUGACAGCGACAAAACCACGGCGACAGAAAACAAUGCGCCUGCUGAAACACAAACAACAGUGUCGACCCUGUCGAAUAACAACGCUGCCGCCACCGCAUCAAGCACUACCACCACCACCACCACCACCAACAACACCACCCCCCAACGAGACGUCCCACCCAUCAUCACAUACCCCGAAUUCCUUGUCAACGCAUCGGCCCAGAACAACAAGCCCCCAUUGAUCUCCUUCCAAGGAGUUCUCUAUUCUCUCUACGCCGCUGCCGGCCUGGGCGCCACUCUUUAUGGCUCGAGCGAGUACCUAGUGAAACCGAUGCUCAAGACGCUGACCGAGGCUCGCCACGACUUCGCCGAGACCGCGCUGAACAACCUGACCACGUUGAAUGAGAAGCUAGAGCAGAAUGUGUCCAAGAUACCGGCAAACAUCAUACCCAAACCCACAUCUGAAGAAGAAGACGACGACGAGGAAACCGAGUCGAUAACCUCAGACCCGACAGAGCUCUUUCACCGAGACGUCGCGACGCAAACAUCGCCCGACCUACUAUCUGACAGCCCUCCUUCUGAAGAAAAAAAUGCGGACUCGGAAUCCAGUGCCAUAAAAGCGAUAGAUACCCACACCGAACGCCUUUCCACCUUGACCUCUCAUUUAAAAGAAUUUGUUACCGAUCACACUUCCUCCCGCAAAGUUGACGACUCGGCGCGCGACAAAAUCUCUGAUUUGCAGUCUUAUCUCGAUGGACUGACGUACUCUUCAAGCAACAACUAUCUCGGCAACAAUGCCAUGUAUAAUAUUUACGGCUCGUCUAGUGGCGAUAUGGGCCGGAACAGGAGCGGCAGCACUGACCGCAAGGAACAAGACGCCGUUACGACCUUUAAAGCCGAGAUCAGAGGCGUCAAGGGCGCCCUGCUGAGUGCUCGAAACUUUCCGGCUGGAAAAGCCGGCGUUGCUCGAUAA